AUGAGUGUUUUAAAAUUACUGCCCUGUGCAGUGACUGUGGGCCUGGGGCAGUGCCGGAGCAGUAUAAAAGUGGGCCCUUCUCCUCACUCUCUCAUCCACUCUUCUCGCCUCCAUCUCCUUAGGAACAAGGUGGGUCUGGUGACUUUUCUCCUCUCCUGCUACACCCCGUGCCAGCCCUGCCAGCCCUGCGGCCCGACCCCGCUGGCCAACAGCUGCAAUGAGCCCUGUGUCAGGCAGUGCCAGGACUCCAAUGUCUUCAUCCAGCCCUCCCCCGUGGUGGUGACCCUGCCCGGGCCCAUCCUCAGCUCCUUCCCACAGAACACCGCCGUGGGAUCCUCCACCUCCGCUGCCGUUGGCAGCAUCCUCAGCUCUCAGGGAGUGCCCAUCAACUCCGGGGGCUUUGGCCUCUCUGGCCUUGGUGGUGGCUACUGUGGCAGGAGCUGCUUCCCCUGCUAAAGCUGCUGCCCAUGGCCCUGGGGAAGGCCCUCGAGGACUC